UAACUGUCAAGUGUCAAAUUAAAAAAUAAAACAAAAUAUGAUUUUGGAUUUUGGUGAAAACAGCACGAGCUAAUAGCAAGGAAAAGGAAUAAACCAAGUCAAGAAGGAUACAAGGAAUAGAGACGAGAGAGGCAUACGGUGAAGUGUGGUUUGAAGUGAAAGCCGCAAGAUCGUCGUAACUAUUUUCUGUUUUGAUAGAAGAAAAUAAAAUGGAAAUAGAGGAUGAAAAAUACUCAAACAAAAAUGAAUUAUCUGACAUAAAAUGCAAAAUUGAAUUAGAAACUGAAGAUGCACAUUGCAUAGAUACUCCGGUUUUGAUCAAAAAUGAAUUUAAACAAGAAAUUCUUCCUGAACUUGACAAUAAAGUUGAUAUAAACAACUCUGAGGAUUCAAAGAUUUGGUUCAAUCAAAUAAACACAACAGUUUUCAUUGAAGAUGUUAAACAGGAGGAAAUUCUAGAACAAGAUAUAAAGUGCAAUGAAUUGGAUUUGACUGAAGAACAUCAAGGGGGUGAACAUGGUUUUUCUCAGAAUGAGAUUCAAACGAAAUCUGGAACAUCUUUGCCAAUAUACACUGGAAAAAAAUUAUACAAUUGUGAAACAUGUUUAAAUGGAUUUACUGCAUCAAGCUCUUUAGAUAAGCAUUUGAGUUUGCACACUGAAAAAAAGUCUUCUAAUUCUGAAAUUUGUCCUAAGCCGUUUAGUGAAGCAGGAUGUUUAAAAACCCAUUUCCGCACAGCAGAAAAACUGUACAAGUGUGACAUUUGUUCUAAGUCAUUUAGUCAAAAAGCAGGUUUAAAAAAGCAUUUGAGAAUUCACACUGGAGAAAGGCCGUACAAAUGUGAAAUUUGUUUUAAGCAGUUUACGCAAGCAAGUCAUUUGAAAUAUCAUAACAGAUCACACACUGGAGAUAAGCCUUACAAGUGUGAAAUUUGUUUGAAGUCAUUUAGUGAUACCUCAAGUUUAAAAAAGCAUUUGAGAAUACACACUGGAGAAACGCCAUACAAGUGUGAAAUUUGCUUUGCUCAAUUUCCUCAAUUAGCAAAUUUGAAACAUCACAUCAGAAAGCACACUGGAGAUAAGCCUUACAAGUGUGAAAUUUGUUUUAAACAAUUUAUUGUAGCAAGCAAUUUGAAAGAGCAUUUGAGAAUACACACAGGAGAACAGCCUUACAUGUGUGAAAUUUGUUUUAAGUCAUUCGGUGUAAAAGCAAGUUUAAAAAAACAUUUAAGAAUACACACUGGAGAAAGGCCGUACAAAUGUGAAAUUUGUUUUAAGCAGUUUACGCAAACAAGUCAUUUGAAACUUCAUUACAGAUCCCACACUGGAGAAAAACCUUCCAAGUGUGAAAUUUGUUCUAUGUCAUUUAGUAAAGGAAGUAACUUGAAAAUUCAUUUGAGAAGACACACUGAAGAAAAACCAUACAAGUGUGAAAUUUGUUUUAAGUCAUUCAGUGUAAAAGCAAGUUUAAAAAAACAUUUAAGAAUACACACUGGAGAAAGGCCGUACAAAUGUGACAUUUGUUUUAAGCAAUUUAGUCAAGCAAGAACCUUGAAGGUUCAUAACAGAUCGCACACUGGAGAAAAACCUUACAUGUGUGAAAUUUGUUUUAAGUCAUACAGUGAAACAUCAAGUUUAAAAAGGCAUUUGAGAAUACACACUGGAGAAACGCCUUACAAGUGUGAAAUUUGCCAUGAGCAAUUUCCUCAAUUAGCUCAUUUGAAACGUCAUAUUAGAAGGCACACUGGAGAUAAGCCUUAAGGCGCAAUUCCAUUGAGGUAACAUUUAAGCAACAUGAGGCAUGCGUCAUGUUGCAAUCAAGAGACAGAGACCGACACGAAUCAAGUCGCCUUCCCGCAUGCCACUAUGCUACAUGUUGACUGUUGUUGCUGGGACGCAUGCGUCAUCGUUCGGCAAAUUUCAACGUGUUGAACAGUGUCGCCGCUAUCCAGCAGUCAACGGAUCGGUGCGGCUUUUAUCGUGCGACAUAAAGGGGAAUACUGAAAAAACAAUGUUAUUUAUUGAAGACUCCCAUAACUAACCUGAGUUAUGGAAUAAGAAAAUUAGUUUUUAUAAAGACAAUAAGAUAAAAAUUGAUAAGUUAAAGCAGUUAUUAGAUAAAUAUGAAUGUGAUAUAAAAAAAGAAAAUCAAUAAUUUACGUUGUGAAUUUCACCGUGAGAGUAAUUAUUGUACAUUAUAAUUGAAAAAAGAAAAGAACAAGAAAAAAAAACUAAGAAGAUGUAAACCUCCGAGAUGUUGAAUCGGGUUUAUGUCUUAGCGUAGUAAAAAAAAAUAAUAAAAAAAUACAAAAAGAAAUAAAUAUUUCCAACCAAAACAUAUUAUAUAGAUAAUAGUUAUAAUAUGUUAGUUUGUUAUGUAUUUAGAGUUGGAAAUACAGAAAAAUUCAUCUGAUUGAAAAAAAAAAUUGUUUCUUUUGAAAAUAACAAAAUGUCUCGCUAAUUGGCUCGGUCAAGGCCAUCAAAUUCACACAAAAAAAAACUACCAAAGCGGUUACAACAACUAAAAUUAAAGAGCGGUUCAUCUUCUAGU